CAGAAGCGCGCCGCUCCCAGUCAUUUGUCGUAAGUGCUGACCAAAAGAGGAAAGGAAGAAACCUAAAAACAUUUUUACCAAAGGUUUGAAUUCAAGUGUUGCGCACUUCUGUCAGGGAAUUAACAGUGUCAAGGUAAAGGAAUAACAUCUUUUUCACUGGUUCCAGCCCCUGGGUUGAGAGGGAAGCAGCCAUGUCCGGCACCUACGACGACUCCAUGAUCGACGUCUCCAGCGACAGCUUCUGGGAGGUGGGAACCUACAAACGGACGGUGAAGCGUGUGGACGAUGGGAACCGGCUGUGCAACGAAAUGAUGACCUGCAUCCACGAGCGCGCGCGCAUCGAGAAGGCCUACGCCCAGCAGCUGACCGAGUGGUCCAAACGCUGGAGGCAGCUGGUGGAGAAAGGCCCUCAGUACGGGACGCUGGAGCGGGCUUGGACCGCCCUGAUGACCGAGGCGGAGAAGGUGAGCGACCUGCACAUGGAGGUCAAGUCCGCCCUGAUGGGGGAGGACUUCGAGAAGGUGAAGAACUGGCAGAAGGAGGCCUACCACAAGCAGAUGAUCGGGGGCUUCAAGGAGACCAAGGAGGCCGACGACGGCUUCCGCAAGGCGCAGAAACCCUGGGCCAAGAAACUCAAAGAGGUGGAGGCGAUGAAGAAGGCGUACCACUCCGCCUGUAAGGAGGAGAAGCUGGCCACCAGCAGAGAGAACAGCAGCAAGCUGGAGAACAACAGCAACCCAGAGGCACUGAAGAAACUGCAGGACAAAGUGGAGAAGUGCCAGCAGGAGAUGCAGAAGGCAAAGGAGCGCUAUGAGAAGUCUCUGGAGGAGCUGGAUAAGUGCACUCCUCAGUACAUGGAGAACAUGGAGCAGGUCUUUGAACAGUGGCAGCAGUUUGAAGACAAGAGGAUCUGCUUCUUCAAGGAGCUGCUGAUGGAGGUGAAGAACCACCUGGACCUGUCUUCCAACCACAAGUUCCAGACAGUUUAUCACACAUUGGAGGACACGGUGAAAGCCGUGGAUGCAGAGGAAGACCUGAAGUGGUUCCGGUCCAACCACGGUCCAGGGAUGCCCAUGAACUGGCCGCAAUUUGAGAUUCUGGACCUCUCCCGGGCUCGCUCCCAUAAGAGAAGGUCCAUCGUAGACUGGUCUGUAGAUCUGAACCGGACUCUCAGCAGGAGAGACAAGAAGAGGCCGGGAGAGGGAGUGACUUUGACUGGGAUCAGCCAGACCGGGGAGCAGGCGGCCAAGAGCAGCAGCCUCACUGUACCCAACAGCACUGAGCAGGUGGGCUUGAACCCCUUCGAGGAAGAGGACGAGGAAGAGGCGCCCGCGGGAGAGCCCGACAGCGGUCCUGUCAAUGUCGUGAAAGAGGCGGUUGAAACCAAAACCACCAGCAGCGCGGAGAAGACCCAGGAGUGGUCGGACGAGGAGACGGGGAACCCCUUUGCGACCGACACCAACGGGAACGGAAACCCGUUUGAGGAGGAGCCCUCGACGCCCGCCAUGUCGGUGCCCGUCCGCGCCCUCUACGACUACGAAGGCCAGGAGCAGGACGAGCUCAGCUUCAAAGCAGGCGACGAGUUCACGAAGAUCGCGGACGAGGACGAUCAGGGGUGGUGCACCGGCCGGCUGAAGGAAGGGAAAGUGGGCCUAUACCCGGCCAACUACGUGGAGGACAUCCAGUAAGAGGAGGAGGAGGAGGAGGAGGAGGAGGACGGAGGAGGCGUAACGUUGCCGGCGGGGGCCCGGCGUUGAAGUGCGUCGUGUACAGAGGACGGCACGAAACCGAGUCAGGAACCGCCACAGCGAUUACCCACCUCCGAAACUUUAGUGAGGUCGCAGCCGAACGCUUGAGACCAGGUACCAGACCAGGGCCGUAUGCAGCAAUGAGGAUUCAACUGAUCGCCCGACUCAUACCAGUCAAUACCAUCUGUGGCAGAGAAGACUGAACUUAUGGCCCCUCCACGUCAUACACCAUGGAGAAAAUUCAGCUCAUCGCAGCACAUUCCUAUUAAUGACAGAUUCGGCAGAGAAAGCUGUUAUCUCCAAAACUCAAACCAAUUAAUGGCAAUUCGACAGAAAUAAAAUUUGACUGAUCUCCACAAUGGUCUCCAUUUAUGCCUAGCUGGUCAUUUGCACCAAAAUACUGGUAAAAACACUGAGCCAGCAUGAUGUGGACACCUGCAGAAUGUUGUGCGUUCUUGUUUAUUUGGUCGUUCCUUGUACAUAUGAUUUUAUGCCUAUGCUUUUUAAAUGCCUUGAUCUUUUAAGCGUCCAUUUAUUUUUAUUUCUGGGUUACGGUAUGCCGGAUUGCCAAAAUCCAUUGUUCUUCAGCCCGACAAACCGCCAGGCUAUAGUUACGGGUUCUUUUCUUUGUUCUGCCUACGGGCAGAUAAGUACAUGAAGCACAUUGGCUCUGCAGCCAUGACAUGUCACAGAAACAGUAGCAAAUCAGAAUAUGGGUUGUUGGUUUAGGGUCUGGAGUUUUUUUGUCCAUCUGUUGCACCGCGUAUUGCAAUUUUUCUUUGUGUUCAGCAUUCAAGCGCACCUGGAAUAGUUAUUUGUAGAAGUUUUCUUUUUGAGUUACAUUUGCUGGAAAGUUUUUUUGUUUAUCAUUUAGCAUGUAUGCACACGCCAAAUGGAGGAUCUUUAGAAAUCUGACUGACAAAGGAUCAAUAUUCCACAGUGUUUUAAGUUUUUCACAGAACAGCACAGGGUGCCCUUUGAGAAACAUGCCGCUCACUGCACAUGGAUUUCAGCUACAGUGGCUUGUUCACAUUAUAACUUCCCUGAUUGAUUGUACAUUUUCCACUCUUUACACUUAUCAUGAGACUUGUGAACUUUCACACAACCAUCAGAAUAUUGCCAGUUUUUUGUUCUUAUGUACUACAUUUAAAGAAGAAUAAUAAUUUGUGGUCUCAGAAUGUUUGGGGAAAAAGGUAUCUCUCACUUGAAGUUACAAUAUUUAUUCAAGCUAGCACUGGAAGCUGAAUGCCUUGCUGUUCAAGGAGAUCGUUGAACCGCUGAAAUUUGAUGUUCUCUGUAAUAUCAGACCCUGAUUGAAUGUUUUAACACAAUACAAAUAUAUAUUUGCAUGUAAAUAAAGAUGAAGCUAUGAACAAGUAGCACAGAAAAAUUGGUAGUUAAUUGAAUUUUUACUAAUAAUUUGAGGACUGUUAAUUUAUAUUGCCCUAUGCGAUGUUUUCUGUUGGGCUAAUGCUGUGAUUUCAAUCAGUUUGUACAAUAAUUUUAUUUUUUUGGCUCAUCAGGUAUGAUUUUGUUUUGUUUUUUGUUCAUUGUAAAUAAAUGUUUUCCCCCCAUGAGUCAUAUUGAAUUAUGAACAGACACUCACAGUAAUGGUCUGUAUAGUUUGCCUUCAUGCUGAGUUCAAUAAUGCUAUUGUGAAAUGUCCUGUAGGACUACUUAAACAGUGGCAGCCUGUUGAAUACAUCUGUUGCCUUGGGGUACUUUCUUUAAUGUAUGGUGAGACAUAUAUAUGUUUGUGCAUACACACACAGUUUUUAAUGUUCCUGAUGAAGAUGACCUCAAAAUGACUGCUCUGUAGAGGGGUAGUUCAAAUCUAAAACACCGGAUCACUGUGCAUACAUGUGAGGAUAGGUAAAAUUGCAAACUUGUUAUUUUGGGGGAACACAGGAGCUAUUUUUGCACAAUUUCAUUGUAAAUGUCCCACAGCAAAAUAAUAAAAGCACUAAAAUAUGGA